AUGGCCACAGCUGCCGUAACCCUCCCCGGUGGCGCCGGCGCAUCGGGCGUGAUCCCAUGCCCACUGCCCGCGACGGUGGAAGAUGCCAUUUGCGCUGCGCAAAAGACGCAGCCAGGUGGCUGGGAGAAUGCCGUGCUUUCCCAGGGUGUCCAACAUUUAAAACCAGGCACUGCCCUGGAAGCUGCUGCGUAUACCUUGGUGAGCUACGAUACCUUAGGCAGCCGUGCGAUCAACGUCCCACAAACGGAAUGCCGUGGGAUCAACUUGAAGCAGCUGUCGCAGCUGGUGGAUUUCAUCCGUGACCAUGCGCACCUCUGGGUGGAGACGUACUCUGGCAGCCCAAACUUUGAACAGCCGUUGGAGCUGCAGACCUUCAACCUCUACCACACAUCUCAUUGGGUCAUAAAGCCAGCUACCCUGCGGUACAGGUGCAGCUUCGUGGAGCUCGUUGCCAAGGACGCAGAAACGCAGUUCCCGUGUUGGUUUGUGAGCCAUGCGUGGCAAGAAGCCGUGUGUCGCUUUGUUGCUUGCCUGCGCCAGCACGCGGAACUGCGGAAUGCCGUGGGACUAGCAUACUGGGUCUGUGCGUACGCAAAUAAUCAACACAAGCUGCAGGACGAGAUCUCGGCGAACCCACGUGGGACAUCCUUCUACAAGGCCAUGAAGCUGGCCGUUGGGGUCGUGCUGAUCUUGGACCGGGAUGCCACUCCCUUCAAGGGAGAUUUACAAUGGCGAGUCUUGUCUGACUAUCUCAAGGAAGCUCGCACUGCCCAAGAGAGCCGCAACAGCGACCGUCGUCAGGAGGAUAUGGAGCGCAACUUCGCGCGCAAGUUGGAAGACAGCAAUGCCAAGAUCCUUGAAAAGCAGGACCGCGUGGCGGAAUUCCUCCGCGGUGCCCUGCAGAAUGACAUCACCACUGUGAUGAGUCGCAGUGACAUGGUGGUGGAUGUGGUGAAGGAGAACGGCAUGAUGGUGAAAGAGUCUUUGGGAGAUCUCAAGCGCCUCCAGAUCAACGGCCUGGAAAUUGCCAAUGCAACUCAGGACACAGCUCAGCAGAACCUCCAUCGCGCCGGAGAAAUUCGCAACGCUGUGGAAGGAAUUUCAUCACAGCUCUCUGACGCGCCCUCGCGCUCCGCUUUGACCUAUGGAGACCGUAUCGGAGAUCGUAGCCCUGCGAACAGCUACCGUGGUGAGGAGCGUGAACGACCAGCAACGGCAGGUCGGCGCUACGAUGGGAGGAGCACCAUGGGCCGGACAAUUUCGUGA